AUGCUUGUCUCCUUCAGGGCAAUGGUUAUCGUGACCUUGCGUAUUUCCUCAUGUCAGCCUCCACGCCUGAGGACUGUCGUGCUCACCCGCGACGCAUUUUUGACACCUACUCCGUCCGAUACGCUGGAGGCCAACGGGAUCACAGUCGAUCGGGACACUGCUUGCAAACACCACCGCCUCUUCACCCUGGACCGGUCGGAUUCGGCCAUGACUUCUUUGGAUAACAGACUGUACGGGCACUCUAUGAAGGCACUCACCUGGCAGCUGCAGAAUAUCUCAGAAUGCGUAUGGGAAAAUGAUAUCAUCUCGCUACUUCUGAGGCUUUCGACACUGGUCAUGUCUGACAGGUAUGGAUUGAAUAGAGUUUUCCCAACGGUCUUGUCCAUACAGCUGGGUAUCAUUGAAGCAAGCUAG